AUGUCUGGGCUUGAAGUCAGCGAAGGGGCUCACUUCUGCACUGCUGACGAUGGUAAUUCGAGUUCAAUACUGGAAAGGUUGCUCGACGAGCAAAGCGAGAUAGAGGCAGAGGGAAUCAGGUUGGUCGAGGAGGUCAAUGCCGAGCCGGAAGGGCGGACACUGGCAUACGGUGGUGAACUGCAUGCUGAGAAUGUGGCUGCUAGGCCGAGCUCAAUGAAUAUAGUAAUGCCACCGAGCCCGACGGAUGAACUCCCGUCCCCUGAAGAAACGCCUCGAACUGAGACCAAGACGACUCUGGCUCGAGCUGACAUGCAGGACUUCCAGAAGGCCCUUGACGGAGUUGUCAACAAGCUUCGAAGCACUGCGAUGAAAGCCUUCAUGGAUUCACGUCAACGUAUUAUGCGGAGACAUGAGGCGGAGUCGACUGCGGCCAGAAUGCACACCCAAGCCAGUGAGGUCAAUUUAAAGGAGACUAUCAAGGCUCUCAAUGACCAACUCGAUAAAGCUAAUGAUCGAGUCGAAGCCCUUGAAAAACAGCUCAAAGGCGUCCAGUUCCUCAACCAUAAGCAGCAACGAGUUCAAAGCAGGAAGCUUCUGCUGUAUAGGAUGAUGGCUCGAUGGAAAAUAUACAAUCGGCUGCGGUUGGACGAAAAGACGAAGUCGAAGCUAUCGAGAGCCCUGCAUAGGUGCAAGCUUUCGAGCCAGGUUUUCAUAUCGUGGCGGCUCCGAUCUAUACGAGGGGCAGCGGCUCGGAAGCAGGCUGAUACGGAGUUAGCCAAUGCAACCAUACGGGCUAGUGACUCAGCGGCUUGGGAGGAGGAGAGGUCGACACUACUGGCUAGAAUAGACGACCUCACAGCGGAGUUGGAGAAGGAACUGCAAACAAAACGUAUGAUGCAAGAUAAUCUCAAGCGUGUCUUCAUGCGCGGUGUGUGUGCCCUGAACUUCGAGGCUAUGUCCCUGCUGGGAGGACAACCUUCCAAUGAGAGCGAGGCCGAGGAGCAAUUCAAUCGUCUCUUCGGCUCUCCAUCGGCGACAACAUUUACGAAUCCUAUGGGAUCGGAAUCAAGACCCCAAGUAGCCUGCGAAUUGAUCAUUGUCGAGAGCCCUGAGUGA